AUGGGUCCACUUGGGACCACUUCUACAUCUCUCUCCUCAGUCUUUCUCUCUCCCACACUCAGGGCGAUUUCGGAAGUCUCUCGCACGCCUCCGGCGAAGACGCGGGGAAGAGAGGACGAAGAAGAGGAGCUUCCGGUUUCUGCAUCCUCUACAGGUUUAACCGGAGCAGAUGGUUCAGUUGAUUCGGGUCAAUGGAUUUUCGGUUUAGUCGGGCUCUGCAAAGCGGGAAAGUGGAUCAGGAACGGAACCAAGUAUCGAUGCAAUCGACGUGAAAAGUGUGGCCACAUUUCGAGAGAAGACGGCCUUUGUCAUCUUUCUCAAUCUCCGACAAGCAAACGGAGCACUCCUCUAAUGGUGAUUGGUGAGUCUUGGAGGAAUAAACAAAGAUCAGAAUCUUCUUGA